GCCCAGGGGCUCGCCGCUCUGCGGCUCUGUUAACCUCAGAUGUACCUGAAAAGCCUACCAUCCUCUACCUGUAAUUAGGUACUGUCUUACUUGAUGUUAAUUGGUGGCACAAGGCCGUGGUGGGUAGAGGGCGGAAUACGUACCCGCAGUCGACGAACCUACGGCAGAGCUUCGGCAUCUCUUUUUCGCAGCAUCCUUUCCUCGCGCGCGAGCCGACAUCAUCAUCAUCGACAUUGCUUCCGCCCAGACACACAAACCCGCAGUCAUGUCGCAUUGGAGGAAGAAGACGCUGGACAUUGGCUGCUUCGUCGGCUCGCGGACGGUCCGCGAUCAUACGAAGCGACUGGUGUUCGAGCAGCAUGAAGCAGAAAGGCAAGCACUGCGUUAUGUUAUCCGAAAUACGAGUCUCCCGGCGAGAGCGCGCGCCGAGGCCCAGCUCCAGCUGCAGCAGAUGAGCAACUACACCCGACCAACCCAGAUCCGCAACCGAUGUACCAUUGGAGGCCACACCCGUGGUGUCUUCCGCGACUUCAAGAUGUCUCGCUUCAACUUUCGCAUGCAGGCCAUGGCCGGAGUUCUCCCUGGUGUGAAGAGGGCGUCCUGGUAGAACGAUAGUAUGCGAGACCUGUAUAUCUAUUGUACGAUACGCGCGAUUGUAACACCCUCAUGCCAUAUUUCGGAGCAGAUGCGUGCGGUACGGUGUACACGACAUUUGGGGAGCGACAGUUCUUCCACCAGCACUGGACGAAUCGACACGAAAGACGCGCGUCUAUUAUUGCACGGCGUUC